CUCAUUUGCAUAUCUCAUUACAAUUUGGCCAAAAUCGUAUUGACUGGAGCAGCCGGCUCUUAGUUUCUCCAACGUUUUCAGACCGAACGCUUCACGAAUCCGGCCAAGAAAUUCGAUUUCAGUUAGUGUUUCAAAUUAAUCAGAACUGCAGGUGGUUUGAGUUUCUAGAUUACGAAAUGCACUGGCGACUCGUCAUUGGUUUGCUGCUUCUAGCCAGCUUCAAUCGGGAGACUAUCGGAAAGAGAUUUCUGCAUCUGAAACCUAUUCCCAUUCAACAUGAGGAUGAGAGCAGCACUGAGGGAUCUACUAAUCCCACACCCACCAGCACAACACCGCCCUCGAAUAGGGAUAUCACUGUCGGUCCGUGCAAAUGGGCUAUAGGUCGAAGUUGUCCGGAUCCGGAUGUCAAGUACUACAUCUAUACGCGCCAUAAUCCGAUGGACAGACAGUGCCUACACAUCGACGAGUCUCUGGAGAAGUCCAAUCUGACUGACUCCUACUUCAACCCACGAUAUCCCACUAAGAUUAUCAUCCACGGCUAUAACUCGGAUAUGUUUCUACAUCCCCUGCAACAGAUGAGAGAGGAAUACCUGGCCAAAGCUGAUUAUAAUAUCAUAUAUGUGGACUGGAGUAUCCUGUCGCCAGGACCCUGCUACAUAAGUGCCGUUCAUAACACCAAACACGCUGGAACCUGCACUGCCCAGUUGGUAGAGCGCCUGGUGGAGACGGGCAAUACGGAUAUCCACGUGAUAGGCUUCUCAUUGGGAGCUCAAGUGCCCAACUAUAUAGCCAGGAAUUUGAGUUCUUUCAUGCUGCCAAGGAUUACGGGACUGGAUCCAGCGAUGCCUCUAUUUAUCACCUCGGGCAUGGCGGAUAAACUGGACCCCAGCGAUGCCAGCUAUGUGGAUGUGAUACACACGAAUGCAUUGGUUCAGGGAAAAAUGGAGAGAUGUGGUCAUGCGGAUUUUUACAUGAACGGUGGAAUCAUGCAGCCAGGAUGCAAUGGACAGAAAAUUAAUUCCUUUGCGUGCAGUCACCAACGUGCUCCAGCUUAUUUUCUAGAAUCCAUCCGCUCACCCAAGGGUUUUUGGGGAUGGGCCUGCAGUGGCUACAUAUCCUACCUCCUGGGAAUGUGUCCCCCAACGAAUUUUUUGCUUGAAGCUGGCGAGAAUAUACGGCCCUCUACGAGAGGAAUGUUUAUGAUAGACACCAAUGACAGUUCGCCAUUUGCCCUGGGCAAGUGGACGGAUCUACCCACUUUGGGAGCAAAGCAGCCACAGUGGCGAGCUCCGACCCAGAUACUAAAGGCACCUCCAAAUCAAGGUGUGGAUCCCCUACUGCAUCACAUCGAUCAGUUUGGUAAAUUGGCAGCCAACUUUAACAACCUUCAGAUGUGGCCCACUGAGCAUGAUCCCUACGAGCAUUGGACGAGCUUCAGUCCUGAACAGAAAGAGAACGAUAGCGAUGGUGAUUCUGUCGAAGAACAGGACCCAGUAGAGUUUAUUGAGCAAGAUGACAGACAGAUGAUAAGUACAGAGGCGCGUCCAACUCAAAGCUGGUGGGAUUACAGAAGGAAUCUUACAUAUGGAUUCAUGGAGGAUAACAUAUUUGCAGUGCCCACAGUGGAUUAGCCCUAUUCGAUGUUUUAAGCUACUUAAAAUCCUUCCUUGCCCCCAUUCCUUACUAAUGUAUAAGAGUCACUUAAGUUUAUAUUAAUAGUUACAAAUAAAAUUCAAACGAAAUAAAUUAAAAUUUUGUAAAUAAAUUUACAAAAU